UACAUUAAAGACUGUGAAAUACAUUUGAAGACUAAUAUAAGUUGCAGUUGAACAACAUACAGAAUUCACACUAUAAUGAAAAGCAUCGCGGUUGAAGUUCUCUAAAAUAAUGCCGUUACUGCAACAAAGUCGACUGUCCCUGUUGUUGAAGCUCACUGUUGUACUGGGAUCAGUGUGGAUGCUUUCUCUACUCAAUGAACUGAGAACAGACUGGAGUCUUACCUACAGCUGGUGGGAGUAUACAGAUGUGGAUGGCGGUCCGGAGAAAGAGUGCAACUGUUCUGCAAUUCUGCAGGGAGAGACGGAGGCACUAGAAAAGGCCAAAUUACUGACUCUGACUAAAGACUUCCGCAAGAGUGUUGACAUCCCUGAUGAGUAUUACAUCAAUGCAACCAAAGACUGCAGGAACUUUAAGUUAAGCAGGAAAUACUUGACAUUCCCGUUAAGCAAAGAAGAGGAGGACUUUCCUCUGGCUUACUCUAUGGUGGUCCAUCACAAGGUGCAGAAUUUUGAGAGACUACUGCGAGCUAUUUAUGCACCUCAAAAUAUUUAUUGUGUCCAUGUGGACAAGAAAUCAGAGACCUCAGUCUUUGCUGCCAUCAUGGCCAUCACCUCCUGUUUUCCGAACGUCUUCAUGGUCACACGGCCUGUCACUGUGGUCUAUGCUGGCUGGACACGAGUCCAGGCUGACCUUAACUGUAUGUCUGAUCUUUAUAAUGCCAGCGCGGAAUGGAAAUACUUCAUCAAUGUUUGUGGCCAGGAUUUCCCUCUGAAAACCAAUUUGGAGAUGGUACGGAUGUUGCGUUCAUUGAAAGGUCGGAACAGCAUGAUGUCAGAACCAUUGCCAGCUGGACUCAAGCGGAGGGUGACAUAUGUUCACCAGGUUGUUAAUGGGGAAGUUCAGGAGACAAGACAGCAAAAGGAGCCACCUCCUUUCAACCUGCCCAUUUUCUAUGGAAGUGCCUACAUUGUGGUCUGUCGAGGUUACAUCCGCAGUGUGUUGGAAGAUGAUCGAAUACUGAAGCUGAUAGAGUGGGGGAAAGACACCUACAGUCCUGAUGAGUUUCUCUGGGCAACCAUUCAACGAAUGCCUGGUGUUCCUGGCUCAACAAGGCCCCAUGGUAAAUACGAUAUGUCAGAUAUGAAUGCAAUUGCUCGACUGGUGAAGUGGCACGCGCUUGAGGGUCCACAGGAGUCCCUGAAUGCAGUGUAUUCAGAAUGUAAUGGCAACCAUGUGAGGGAAGUAUGUGUGUAUGGUGCUGGAGACCUGCAAUGGAUGAUUGCUCAGCCUCACCUUUUUGCCAACAAGUUUGACAUCAACACAGAUCCCAUUGCCAUCUACUGCUUGGAGAAAUAUCUGAGACAAAAGGCACUGGCUGAGUUACAUUAGGUGGAGAUUUCUGUGGCAGCCCAGAAUCAGUCAGAGAAGGGAGUGGUUGACUCAUGACAAUGCUUGUGGUACAUGCCAAAGUAGCAGGAAUCAAUGUUUCCCAACAGAAAAUUGCAGUGUAACAAGAAAAUCAAUUACUCAAUUCACUCCCUGGUGGGCAGACAGUAUAAUUUAUUUGUAUAAAGAUUGUUAUCAUCAACCAUGUACACAACUUUUUAGGGAUAUGCUGAUAGUUGUUAAGUUGGAGAAUACUAGAUAUGCUGCACAUUUCCAAGGUUACACUGACAUGGCAAUCUUUCCUUAGAUAUGUUGAUGUCUUAGGUUCUGAUAGUGUGAUAACCAGUGUGGACUUUGUCUUUGGCAUAUAUGUAUUUAUGUGUAAUAACAGCUUUGGAACAAGAACAACGAGAAGGAUCAUUGAUAUGUUAGUGCCUGAGAUAAAAGGGUGCAUUGUUCUGGCCUCCUGACACCUUCCUGUUAAUUUUUUUUUUUUUACAUGAUUCCUAUAUUCAUCUUUCCUUGCAUAGUUUAUCAUGUAUAUCCUGUGAAUGUCACCAUGAGUGGAGGACUAAUAAAUAUCCAACUGUGUUUGUA